AUGUCGGAUCAAGACAGUAAUAGUGACGUGGCUUCAGACUCUUCAGAGACGGAUCAAGAUAGUAGUGACGACGGGGAUUUGACGGAUCAAGAUAGUAGUGACGACGGGGAUUCGACGGAUCAAGAUAGUAGUGACGACGGGGAUUCGACGGAUCAAGAUAGUAGUGACGACGGGAAUUUGACGGAUCAAGAUAGUAGUGACGACGGUGAUUCGACGGAUCAAGUUGGUAGUGACGACGGGGAUUCGACGGAUGAAGAUAGUAGUGACGACGGGGAUUUGAUGAGUGUUGUACAGUUGACAUUCGAAGACAAUUACUAUGAUAUUCGCCCAGUUUACCAUAGUAUUGGUCUUUGA